CGACGCCUUUGCCCCUCGACCGCAUCGCCUUCUCUCUCUCUAACACACACACAGAGACAUCGUUUCUUCUCCUAGUCGCACUUCAUUCCUAUCGCCUACUUCCUGCCUACCUAAUUCUUCCAUAUUUUCCAUCGGAUUCACAUCUACGAUUGCAAUUACAUUCCUUCUUUCUACGUUGAUUCAUCGUUUACUUUUGUUGCUGAAGCAACAAUAGUAUUAAUCAAUGUCUUCUUUCAGCGUCCAAGGCCCGAAGGUUUCGCCUCUCCUGGCCGCUUCAUCGCAGCCGGCUCAUAGACGGCACUUAAUUGCUUCCUUUCCUCGAUCGGAUUGCAGAUCAACUCCUGCGUUGACAACAACAGCUCAGUUUCAGGCUGUGGUCGAAAAGGUUCCAAAUGCUACUCCAGCUCUAGAGACAGUGCCUAUCCUAGAAUCUGAAAAGCAAGAUGAAGUUCCAGAUGCAUCCUCUAUUUCAACUUUUAUGAACCAAGUGUCAGAUCUUGUCAAGCUUGUGGAUUCAAAAGGUAUUGCAGAGUUGCAGCUUAAACAAUUGGAUAUUGAAAUCCUUAUCCGGAAAAAGGAAGCACUGCCACAGUCAUCAAGUCCAGAUCCUGUUUACCUCAUACCACCUCCUACAUACCAGUCUGAACUACCACCAAGCACUCCUGCUCCGGAAUCUGUGGCCUCUAGACCGUCAUCUCCCACUUCAGCACCUGCACCAACAAAAUCAACGUCAUCACAUCCCCCAUUGAAAUGCCCAACGGCUGGAAACUUCUAUCGUUCUCCAGCUCCUGGCGAACCACCUUUUGUGAAGGUUGGGGAUAAGGUGCAAAAGGGACAAGUAAUAUGCAUCAUCGAGGCUAUGAAACUGAUGAAUGAUAUUGAGGCUGAUCACUCUGGCACUGUAGUUGAGAUUCUUGUAGAUGACGGGAAACCCGUCAGCUUGGAUAUGCCUUUAUUUAUAAUCGAGCCAUGAAGAACCAAGUGCACCUCUCAUGAAAAACAACAAUUAAAGCUCUGAAGUGAGAGAUUUAUUUGCCUUCUUGAAAUGUACACUGUGAAAUUAGGACAAUGCUGUUCUUGUUGUAAUGAUGUUUACUAAUUCUGGUGUUAAUUUAUAAUCUUCAAAUAAUAAA